CAGAACGUCGAGGGAAAGCGUAUACCGUUUGGGUUCCGGAAGCGAACUCUUCCGCACUUUAUUAAAGACGAUUACGGCCCGGAGUCCAGGGGUUUCGUCGAGAACUCCUAUUUGGCCGGUUUGACACCAACCGAGUUCUUCUUCCACUCCAUGGGUGGUCGCGAAGGUCUGAUCGAUACGGCCUGUAAAACGGCCGAAACUGGUUAUAUUCAGCGCCGACUUAUCAAAGCCAUGGAGUCAGUUAUGGUCACAUAUGACGGUACUGUCCGUAACUCUAACGGUCAGGUCAUUCAAUUGCGUUACGGAGAGGACGGCUUGGAUGGCGUGGCCGUUGAGUUACAAAGCCUGCCGACCCUUAAGCCCAGCGACAAAGCAUUGAAAGAGAGGUUUAAGUUUGAUGUCACUAAUGAACACUAUUUGCGAAAAAUCUUCACGGAAGAAGUGGUGCAGGAAGUACUUGGCAACAGUUCGUCGCUCUCUGAGUUGGAACUAGAAUGGGAUCGUUUGAAAGCCGAUCGCGAGAUAUUGCGGACAAUAUUCCCGACAUCUGACCCAAGGAUUCAUAUGCCGUGUAAUCUAAACCGCAUGAUAUGGAACGCGCAGAAGAUCUUUCACGUGAACCUCAGGGGACAGACAGACCUCUCGCCCCUCAAAGUGAUCGACAGCGUUGAGGGACUCGUCAAACGACUCACAAUUGUGAAGGGAGAGGACAGACUGUCAGUUCAGGCCAAUCAAAAUGCAACACUACUUUUCCGGACACUUUUGCGGUCAACGCUAUGCACCCGAAAGAUCACAGAACAGGACCGGCUCUCCAGCGAAGCAUUUGAUUGGCUGAUCGGUGAGAUUGAGACCCGUUUCCAACAAUCACAGGUACAGCCGGGAGAAAUGGUCGGUCCAUUGGCCGCCCAAUCCCUCGGAGAACCGGCCACUCAAAUGACACUCAAUACUUUCCAUUACGCCGGUGUGUCCGCUAAGAACGUCACUUUAGGCGUUCCGCGACUCAAAGAAAUCAUUAACAUUUCAAAGAAACCAAAAACUCCAUCACUGACUGUCUUCCUGACGGGCGCGGCCACAAAAAACGCCGAGAAGGCCAACGAUGUGUUGUGCCGUUUAGAACACACGACUCUGCGUAAAGUGACGGCCAAUACUGCCAUAUACUACGAUCCCGACCCUCUCAACAGCGUUAUCGUUGAGGAUCAGGAGUUUGUGAACGUUUACUACGAAAUGCCAGACUUUGACACCUCUCGCAUCAGUCCAUGGCUUCUACGCAUAGAAUUGGACCGAAAGAGGAUGACAGACAAGAAGCUGACGAUGGAAGCCAUCGCCGAGAAGAUUAACGCCGGCUUUGGAGAGGACUUGAACUGUAUCUUCAACGACGAUAACGCGGAGACACUCGUACUUCGGAUCCGUAUUAUGAACUCAGAGGAGAAGAUGGAAGAAGAAGAACAGGUCGAUAAGAUGGAGGACGACGUCUUCCUCAGAUGUAUUGAGUCCUCAAUGUUAUCAGAUAUAACUCUUCAGGGAAUUGAAAGCAUAGUCAAAGUAUAUAUGCAUUUACCGAUGACUGACAACCAGAAACGUAUUGUAAUCACUGAUACGGGAGAAUACAAAGCCAUUGCCGACUAUCUUCUCGAGACCGACGGCACAUCACUAAUGCGUGUGCUGUCGGAACCCGAUGUGGAUCCCGUCCGCACCUACUCUAACGAUAUCUGCGAGAUCUUUGCAACCCUUGGUAUCGAAGCCGUCCGGAAAGCCGUAGAGAAAGAGAUGAAUCAUGUGCUCAGUUUUGACGGUUCUUACGUUAAUUACCGACAUUUAGCCCUUUUGUGUGACGUAAUGACAGCGAAGGGCCAUCUCAUGGCAAUCACUCGCCACGGAAUCAAUCGUCAAGACGUCGGCGCUCUUAUGCGCUGUUCCUUUGAAGAGACGGUCGAUGUGUUGAUAGAUGCGGCCUCUCAUGCGGAGGUCGACCACUUGAGGGGCGUUUCCGAGAAUAUAAUGCUCGGACAGUUGUCGAAGAUCGGCACCGGGGCUUUCGGCAUGCUUUUGGACCCGGAUAAGUGCAAACUGGGCAUUGAAAUACCAACAAAUAUUCCAGGAAUGGGAGGAUUGGGAACCGGAAUUUUCUUCGGCAGCGCUGACUCGCCAUCACUGGCUGGUAUGACACCACAGAUGACUCCUUGGGGAGCACAGGGGGCCACUCCCGCCUAUGGCCAGGCCUGGUCACCCGGACUGGGGCUCGGAAUGACUCCUUCAUCGGCCGGCUUUUCGCCGUCUGCCGCUUCUGAUGCAAGCGGUCUAUCGCCGGGAUAUUCGCCC